AUGCCGAAAAAUAAAGGAAAAGGUGGUAAAAACCGUCGUCGUGGUAAAAAUGAAAAUGAAAAUAUGAAACGUGAAUUGAUACUUAAAGACGAUGGACAAUCUUAUGCACAAGUUACACGUAUUUUGGGUAGUGGUUAUAUAGAAGCAUUUUGCUUCGAUAAUACCGGUGGAAAGAAACGAAUUUGUCACAUUCGCGGUAAAUUACGUAAGAAAGUAUGGAUCAAUCAAGGAGAUGUUAUUCUUGUUGGACUUCGAGACUAUCAAGAUGACAAAGCGGACGUUCUUAUGAAAUAUCUUUCUGAUGAAGCUCGUGAAUUAAAACGAAUUCGUGAGAUCCCCGAUAAUGUCAAUAUUACUGAAACAUCAACAAGAACAGAAGAUGGAAUGAACGAUAUCGUGUUUGAUGAUACAUUUAAUAAUGAAGAAUCGAGCAGUGAUGCAAAAGUUUCGUCAAACACUUCAGCACUUCAAAAAGUUAUAAAUGACAGUCUUUCUGAGGAAGAAUCCGAUGAUGAUGAUGAUGAUGAUGAUCAAGAUGAUAGUAUCAACUUUUAUAAUCCGAAUCAAUUGACAAAACAGACUGGGAAUUUAAAUGCAAAAAAUUUACUGACAACUAAGAAAAGCACUGGCAAAGGUAUACGAAAUAAUCNAUCAAGAUGA